GCAUUCUUGAAUGUGUCUGUUCUGUUUGUAGACUCCGCAGUAUCUACGAAGGUGCCGAGUAUGUAGGUGUUCUGUGGUAUUCCCGGCUAUUUGGGUUCCCUAUAAACACCAGUAAAAAUAUUGCGUGCGGCCAGUGGUCAUCGUUUGUACCGCGCUCAUGCGUGAAAUCCGCGAUCACUGCGAGAGCAGCAGCUGGUAAGCGCAAAUAAUCGUUCAUUGCAUCGCUCGCCAUGGCUGCGGUUCCCGAAAGCGUGAGCGCCGAGCAGAGGCUCGUGUGCGCGAUCAUUCCUCCGCUCUGUUCCGAACGCCACAAGGGUCAGGCAGGCCGCAUUGGCAUCCUUGGAGGCUCGGUAGACUUCACCGGAGCGCCGUACUUCGCCGGCAUGGCGGCACUGCGAACGGGCGCCGACCUGGCCUACGUCCUGUGCCCGUCCAGCGCCGCGCCGGCGAUCAAGUCAUACGGCCCGGAGCUCAUGGUCAUGCCGUUCCCAGAGACCGGAGGGCCCGACGCGGCCGCGCAGCGAGUCUUGGAUUUGCUGCCGCGAAUGCACGCUCUCGUGAUCGGGCCCGGACUCGGUCGCGCUGAGGACACGGGCGGCCUGGUCAAGACGGUGGUAGCGAAGGCACGGUCCCUAUCCCUGCCCCUGGUCGUGGAUGCCGACGGACUUCACUUCGUGGCGCGGGAUCCGGACAUGCUGCGCGGCUAUCAGAGAGCGCUGCUCACCCCCAACGCGGCGGAACUGGAGCUGCUGUGCAAUGCCGUGCUUGGAGUCAGGGCCGUGGUGUCGGACCGCACGGAAGCCGCGCGUCAGCUAGCGCGUGGUCUGGGCAAUGUCACCGUUCUGGCCAAAGGAGCCGAAGACGUGGUCACGGAUGGACGUGUUAGCCUAACCUGUCGCGAGCAAGGUAGUCCGAGGCGGUGUGGCGGACAGGGCGACAUUGUAAGCGGCGCCGCGGCCACGAUGAUGUUCUGGAGUCAUGUUGCCGAUGCUUCGGCUGGUGACGGUUCCGCGGGUCAGGUGCCCCCGGCGGCUUUGGCAGCCCUGGGUGCUUCUAUGCUGGUGCGUCGAUGUAGUCGGCUGGCCUUUCAGAAGAUGGCACGCAGCACGUUGACGACAGAUAUGCUGGCUGAGAUCCGCACCGCGUUUUCCGCCCUCUUCCCAGUUGAUUGAGGUCUGGAGUUCCUGCAACAAAGAACAAAGUGGUUCACCUAAGCCAUCCCUGGACUGAAAUCCUACGACUGCCCGUUUCUCUCGAGGAUGAGCUCAUUUCUGCCUUCCGUUUUCAAAUAGUUUAUUCUUCGGCGCAAUAAAGACAGCAUUCGUGCUGUUAAAGAUGAG